UUCUGACUCGAACACAUUGCUGUGUGGUAGAAACAUAACAAAAAAAUAUGACAGAUAAUAAAGACAAUAUCCACGAUCUAUAUAAUGAAGAUGAAUUAAAGAGUCCUAUGUGGCUUAACGAUGAAUUUAUUACAAAAGUUCUAAGAGACUAUGAAAAUGAUGCGGAACUAAAAGUUGUAAGUCUGAAAAAUUUACCAGCUAGUGCCAAAGGGGAUCACUAUGCCAGUGUGAUGUUCCGAACUGAAGUGGAAUAUAAAAGGGGAAACGAAACGUUCACCAAAUCGCUGAUCGUCAAGUCUAUGCCCGAAGAAGAAGGUCACAAGAAGGAAAUGUUAAGCGGUUCUAACAUUUUCGAAACAGAAAUCGGAAUUUAUAGUCGAGUGUUACCCGAAUUUGAGAAAAUCCUUCAGGCUGCUGGUGACAAGACGAAACUUUUCGUGCCUUGCAUCUAUCACAGUGUCGAGCCCCGGACGGUUUUGAUCAUGGACGAUCUUUUGCCAAUGGGCUAUAGUGUGAUAAGAGAACGUGAUGCUACAGAGAAAGAAUUACAAUUAGCCUACACCAAGUUGGCCAAGUGGCAUGCAGUAAGCAUGAAAAUACAAAAUGAGCAACCUGAAUUUUUAGAGGACUACAAUCGAGGUUUAUUUGAUUUACCGCAUAUUUCUAAAGACCCAUUCAUUAUUGACGCAAUGAUUCCUUUUUUGGCAAUGUUCGAUAAAGUGCCUGAACUAAGCAAAUAUAAGCCUUACUUUGAGAAGAUAAAGGGUGUCUAUCUGAAACGUUUGAAAGAUGUGAUGGUGGAAUAUCGAGUGAAUCGACGACAAGAUACCUACUAUGUAUUAUCUCAUGGUGAUUAUCAUCUAAGGAACAUGUUAUUUAAGCCCAAUAAGAACUCUGGAGCAUUGGAGGAUGUCAUGCUGGUGGAUUUUCAAAUUUCCAAUUUGUGUCCCAUAACUAUUGAUCUUAUCUAUUCCAUCUAUUUGUUGAUGGGACCCGAGCAACGUUCAAACGAUUGGAGAAAUCUUUUAAACUAUUACUUUACCACUUUGCUAGAAACUUUGCAAAAGAUUGAUUAUAAAGCCGAGUUACCCACAUUAGAUGGAUUUUGGCAGCAAAUCUAUCGUCACAAAUAUUUUGAUUUUUUCAUGAUCUGCACAUUCUUACCCUUGGUCUGGGCUGUUAGAUCUAAGAAUUUCGAGGCGACAAACAUUCUACAAAAUGCAGACGAUAGAAGUAAAUGUUAUCUUUUAGAUGGAUAUAUUGAAGAUUUGAAAAUAUUAUUACCCCGAUUUGAGAGCAUGGGCUAUUUUGAUGAUCUAUAA